AUGGGUGUCUACUUCGGUUUUGCUGUUCUUGAAGGCGUCCUGGCCAUGGCCAUUAUUGCCAUCAACCUGCUGGUAUGCGCCACGGUCUACCUGCACAAGGAGCUGAGGGGCAUCACCAACUACCUGAUCGUGUGCCUGGCAGUGGCCGACCUCGGGGUGGGAGCCUUGGCCAUCCCCUUCUCCGUGGUGCUCAGCAUGGAAUAUACCCUGUGCUUCUACGCGUGUCUCUUCCUCACUUGCUUCCCACUGGUCACCACCCAGUUCUCCAUCCUCCUCCUCCUGGUCAUUGCCAUCAACGCCCACCUGAAGAUCAAACUGCCCAACAGCUACGCCAUGCAUGUGAAGAAGGUCUGGGUGAUGAUCCUUGUGGCCUUCUGCUGGUUGCUAUCACUGCUGAUAGGCCUCUCACCAAUGAUGGGCUGGAACCGCUUUCAGCAGUACGCAGAGACAAACAACAAGACGUUGGCUUUCAGCUUCCCCUCUGAGAGAGCCGCCUUCGUCGUCAUAGCCAGAGACAUCCCUUAUGGAAGAUUCCUCUCUAAGGUCUAUUCAAAGCGACGGAAUUUCAGCUACAAUGAAAUCCAUGAAGGACACCUGGUCCCCUGUUCCUUCACCUCCAUUUUCAGCCCCGAGUAUCUGGUCUACUUUGUCUUCUUUACCUGCACCCUGCUGCCACUGGCAGCCAUGCUGGGCAUCUACGCUGACCUCUUCCGGGUAGUCCGUGGCCAUUUCCGGUCCCAGGCUCUUUGGCCUGCCAAGAGAAGGGAAAUCCAGAUGGCCCGCACCCUCUUCCUCUUGGUCGGCGUCUUCUGCGUUUGCUGGGGGCCGCUGCAUGUCAUCUACUGCGUUCAGCUCCUGUGCCCCAGGUGCCAGCGGUACGAAUCAUUGGACCGCCUGGCAGUGUUGCUCUCCCACCUGAACUCCUUGGCCAACCCACUGGUUUAUGCCCUGAGGAAGAAGGACUUUGCAUUGGCCCUGCGGUCUGUAUUCCUCUAUCGUGUCCUGCGCUGGCCAAGACUCAAGGCCUGCUGUUGCUCCAGACACAAAGUCCAUCCCCAGGCUUGA